GUGCCAUUGAACGGCACCAAGUCAUCGUCCCCAUAUUUAUGCAUCCAAAGGAAAAACGAUGAAGCAAUAAUCAGACCAAGAAAUUUUUCCUCUCGAUCUUCUUGCCAUGGAAUUGCCUGCAGCCAAGAGGCAGUUCAGCACCACCAGCCAGGGCAAAGAAGUUUCAGGGAUCAGUUCUUGCAAGCCUACUUACCAGAGAUACCAAUCAUGCCCUCCUGAGGUCUACCGUCGUCAGGCUUCCUCUUACAGCGUUCCAUCUUCAGAGAUCAGCAGGAGCUCGGUUCGCAGCAGCGGCUCGUUCAGGGCGGCGGCGCAGAGUCUCGCCGGAGUUUUCAGUUGCUUUGUGCCCAGGAAGUCCAGAAAUGAGGAUGAACUUGAGAUUUCUCGGACGACGAUUUCUCAAGGGAGCAGAAGUACAGGUUACCAAGUCUCGAUUGAUCCAGCAGGGACAGGGUAUCCCCAAGAAAGCACAGAGCUCACAGUUGCAGAGAUAUUUAAGGCAACCUCAAACUUCAGUGACAAGAACAUAAUAAAGCAGGGAAGUUAUAGCAGCAUCUACAGAGGGAAGCUCAGGGAUGGGUCUGAAAUUGCCAUCAAAUGUGCCAGAAAGUUAAACAGUCAGUAUGCAUCAGCUGAGCUUCGGAGAGAGCUUGAAAUUCUUCAGAAAAUUGAUCAUAAGAAUCUAGUGAGGUUCCUAGGAUUCUUUGAGCGCGAAGAUGAGAGCCUGACCGUCGUUGAGUAUGUCAGCAAUGGUUCCUUAAGGGAACACUUAGAUGAAUCCUGUGGAAAUGGUUUAGAACUUGCGCAACGGCUCAACAUCGCGAUCGACGUAGCUCAUGCUAUCACAUACCUGCACGAAUUCAAAGAGCAGCGGAUCAUCCACCGGAACGUCCGGUCAUCGAACGUGCUCCUGACGGACACGCUGACGGCGAAGCUGGCCGGCGUCGGGCUGGCGCGGAUGGCCGGCGGCGAGAGCUCGGAGUCGGAGGACACGCAGGGGAAGAGCGCCGCCGGGUACGUGGACCCGGAGUACCUGAGCACGUACGAGCUCACCGACAAGAGCGACGUCUACUCCUUCGGCGUCCUCCUCGUCGAGCUCGUCACCGGCCGCCCGCCCAUCGAGCGCCGCCGCGACCUCGAUCCCCGCCCCACCACGAAAUGGGCGUUGCAGAGGUUCAGGGGAGGGGAGGUGGUGGUGGCCAUGGACCCCAGGAUCAGGAGGAGCCCGGCGUCGGUGGCGACGGUGGAGAAGGUGAUGGAGCUCGCCGAGCAGUGCGUCGCGCCGGCGAGGAAGGAGCGGCCGUCGAUGCGGCGGUGCACGGAGGCGCUGUGGUCGGUCAGGAGGGAAUACCACCGCCGGCAGGACGCGCCCGCCGCCGCCGCCGCCGUCGCCGCGGCGCCGACUCAAGACAGGAGCUCCGAUUGGGUUAAGGUAGUUUAGCAUGCAACGAUGUGAUCCUAAGUUCCUACUUAGGUUGAGAUUUUGAGAUGAAUUAAUUAUUGUUGGUAAUUAAUUUAUCAUCUUUAAGCUACCAUGCCGCCAUGCUUUGUGAAUACAAAAUAUGAGGGGUUGGGUCUAACAAUCUUUCUUAUGAAAGUUAGAAAGAUUGUUCUGUACUAUAGGUUGAUUAUAUUAUGUAAGAACAUUUGUAAUUUGUAAAGUUAACUUGAAAAUUCUCAGUUCUUGGAAGGCUUGCAUCUA